AUGCUUAUUAUCUAUGAAUCGAUCUCUUUUCCUUUCUAUCUAUCUAUCUAUCGAUCCUCAUUCUUUUCCUUACAAUCUAUCUAUCUAUCUAUCUAUCUAUCUAUCUAUCUAUCUAUCUAUCCUAUCUAUCUAUCUCAUUCUUUUCCUAUCUAUCUAUCUAUCUAUCUAUCUAUCUUCUAUCUAUCUAUCUAUUUAUCUAUCUAUCUAUCCUUGUUUCUUUUAUUUCAUCUAUCUAUCUAUCUAUCUAUCUAUCAAUCUAUCUAUCUAUCUAUCUAUCCUCAUUCUUUUCUAUCUAUUAUCUAUCUAUCUAUUUAUCUAUCUAUCUAUCUAUCUUUGAUCAAUCUAUCUAUCUAUCUAUCUAUCUAUCUAUCUAUCUAUCUAUGUCGAUCUCAACAUGAUCGUAUUAAUCUAUUUGUCUCUUUGUCUAUCUCAGUAUGUUUUUAUCCAUCUCUCUCUCUCUCUCUCUAUCUUCUAUCUAUCUAUCCAUCUAUCUAUCUAUCUAUCUAUCUAUCUAUCUCAAGGCUGACAGCUGUCAGCGGACGAGUAGAGAGGGACCGCUCGUAUAAAUACUUUCUUUCUUUCCUGCGGGUUAAUUUCCACUUGCCACACCAUAAAAGCUGUUCGUGCGAGGCGGUCGGGCAUUAUAAAACCUCGUGUAAAGAUGAAAAGUCAAGUCUUGCUACCUUUCAAUUAUCACUAGUUGAUUGGAAAAUCCUCCAUCUGUCUUUGUCUGUUUAUCUCUCUCAUUCUCUCUCUCUCUCUCUCUCUCUCUCUAUCUAUCUAUCUAUCUAUCACAGGGUAGAAUUUUCUUGUGGCUACCUGCGUUGCAUUCAGAAGCAGGAAAGAAUUAUUUUUUCUUCUUUCCAAUUAUGCCAUAUACACCUCCGGAAAAUCAAGAAAGAAAUUGCCCUGUGGCUCUUCUAUAUAUGA